AUGGCGACUGUGACCACAGUCCUGAAGGCGCUGAGCCUGUUUGUUGCAGAGCUCAUCAGCUCCAUCACAGACUGGUUCCAGACCAAGCCAGCGUGGGCCAAACUAGAAGUGCUGGAGGACACAGAGCUGAAGACAACUGGAGGAGUCCAUGAGCGACACAAAGGCAAAGCUCUGUGGGAGAAGACUGGAGCUGUGGUCAUGGUUGUACGACGACCUGGAUGAUUGCUGUGCAGAGAGGAGGCUGCUGAGCUGUCCUCUCUCAAGUCCCAGCUGCAGGACCUUGAAGUCCCCCUCUUCGCUGUGGUGAAAGAAAACCUCGGCAAGGAGCUGGAUUCCUUCAAGAAGUACUUCUCUGGGAAGGUCUAUGUUGAUCAGCAGAGAAAAUUCUACGGCCCUCAAGAGAGGUGGAUGCUCCUCUCCAUGCUUCUGCGUGUCGGUGUGUGGAGGAACCUGUGGAGGGCCUACAGGAGGGGUUUCAGGGGAAACCUAAGAGGUGAAGGUCUUAUCCUGGGCGGAGUCUUUGUCAUUGGGCCAGGAGAUCAGGGUGUUCUACUGGAGCACCGUGAGAAGGAAUUUGGGGAUAAAGUGAAUAUGCUGGCAGUACUCAAAACAGCCCGCAAAAUGAGAGAGGACAUGGCAAGAUAGAUUUCAAAAACAGCAUGAAUGGACUUUUUGUGUGGCAUUAUGUAAUAGUGGCUGCCUGCCUGUUCCUAUAUGCAUGACUCUAGUCUCAGCAAGGACUUUCCUACAUCACUCUGUGGACUCAAACAUGUUCAACUCUACUCAUACUGCAACUGCAUAAAGCAUGAAAUUCAUCUAAUUUUGACUGCAUUUACAGUGUGCUGAUGUGUUACGCAACUCAAACUUUACCUGUUUACUGUCUGCAUAUCUGGGCUUUAUUGUGUGAUGGGUGUUGUGUGUGUACUAAUGACGAUUUGUUUCUAAACUCAGCUGAGAGAACAGUUCUGAUGCUAUACAACACAUAAAUCCAACACUAAAUCUAGUCCUUACAUGACAGAGAAUAAAUCGCUAAAGUAUUGAA